GAUGCUGGAGAAUUGAUCUCUGAGGCGCGGAGACAAAGACCGUCAGCAGCAGGAGCUCGUGCAAAACAAGCCCCCGAAAAGCCCAAACCGAUGAAGGUCCCGUGUUUCUCCGGUGCCGUGCGCGUGUGGUGAGAAGUGCUGAUGGUGUUUUAUCAUCGUUAGGGAGACGUAUUGUGUUUACCGACAAAACUGAUGAGCAAACAGGAAACUUUAAAGUAGCCCGAGUGUGUGAGUGGGAUCAUGAUGAUGAUGAUGAUGAUGAUGAUGAGAAUAAUAGAAAUGAGAAGGACACUGAUGGUCCCGGGGCACGAGCUUUUGAGUGUUGUUCUCGUGUGCGUGCUUUUCGGUUCCGUUAAUACGCGAAGCUGCUCCGAGUCCCGGCGCGCGUAUGGAGAGCGGGGAUACAGCGCGAGCGCUGCUCCCAUCAACGCCAUGUCCGGUGAACACCUGCGUUUCUGUCCUCGUGAUUACACAUGCUGUACAAGUGAGAUGGAAGAAACGCUGGUACGGCAGAGCGAAGCUGACUUCCUGUCUUCUGUUGAGGAGACCAGCCAGUUCCUGCUGACAAGCUUCACCCACACACACCAGCGCUUUGAUGAAUUUUUCCGUGAGCUAAUUGGUGUAUCAGAGAAGUCGAUGAAUCAGAUGUUCAUCAAGACGUACGGACGCCUGUACACACAGAACACACGCCUCUUCCAACAACUGUUUACACAGCUGAGACAAUACUAUACAGGUGGUGGUGUGUAUGUAUCAGAAGCCGUGUCAGAUUUCUGGACAGAGUUGGUGGAGCGUGUGUUCACUCUACUGAACCCACACUAUCACUUCAGUGUGGAAUAUCUGGAGUGUGUGAGCAAGCACACACAACAGCUUCAGCCAUUAGGAGAACUGCAACGCAAACUCAGCACACAGUUGUCUCGUGCAUUAAUCGCUGCAAGGGCCUUAGUGCUGGGCCUCUCUGCAGGCAGAGACAUUGUUAACAAAGCCAUUAAGUUUAGCGUGAGUGCAGAUUGUGGUAAGGCUUUGAUGCGUCAGUUGUACUGUCCUCUAUGUGGUGGGACUCCCGCACUCCGGUCCUGCCACCCACUGUGCCUCAACGUCAUGAAGGGCUGUCUGGCCAAUCAUGCAGAGCUUAACACGGAGUGGAACCGCUUCAUUGAUUCUCUCCUCUCACUGGCUGAGAGACUUAAUGGACCGUUUAAUGUGGAACUGGCUGCUGAUUCUGUGGCUGUGAAAAUCUCUGAAGCCAUCAUGCACAUGCAGGAGAACAGCAUCAGCAUCUCCACCAAGGUGUUUCAGGGUUGUGGGAAUCCUCGUCCUGCCCCCAGUAGAAACAAGCGUUCACCUAGAGAACGAGAGAAAGAGCGUAAGUCUGAUAGAGACAGCAGAAAGACUUUCAGGACCUUCAGUCCAGAGGAAAAGCCUACAACUGCUGCAGGAACCAAUAUGGACCGACUGGUGUUGGACCUACAGCAGCGUCUGAGACCUAUGAGGGAGUUCUGGGUAAUGCUGCCUCACUCUCUCUGUAACGAAGACAAAAUGGCGGCUGAUGUUACCAAUGAGGAGCGCUGUUGGAAUGGAUACACACGUGCAAGGUAUCUGAUGAGUGUCACGGCUGAUGGCUUGGUGAAUCAGCUGAACAAUCCAGAAGUGGACGUUGAAAGUUCUCCGGACAUCAGAACCCGCCAGAUCCUCAUGGAGCUUCGAGUGGCAACACAUCGUCUCACACUCGCACACCAAGGCGUGGAUACAGACACAAUACAGAGUGAUGAUGAGGAUGGUAGUGGAUCUGGAUUAGUUGGAGCAGAUGAGCUCUACAGGAAUGAUUGGCCCAGUUCUCCACGAAGCCCUGCCUAUCCUUAUAAACCCCGCCCUCGAGACCGGAGUAGAGUCAACGGCUCGGUCAGAUCACCUCUUUCCUUUCUGUCUCUCUGCCUCUCUCUGCUGCUCUCUCUCGUCCUCCAGUGGAGAAAAUAGGUUACUGCGGUUUACAUUUUGUCUUUUCCAUCGACAAACAGAAAGCACAGACAAACCGAGAGUCGAGACAGACUGAAUAUCGGACAGAAAGGGAGAGAGACUAAAGGAUGGUGUAGCUGAUAAUCUCACACUGACUUUGUAUGUUUUUAUUGCGCGUGUGUGUGUUGUAUGUUAGCGAAAGCAGUGAUGAAUGUUUGCACUCAUUGUGAAUAAAGUGCUUAAAGUUUUGGUGAAGUCUUAAAGCGACAUUCGCCAGUCAAUCAAAAUCGUCCCUGUUGACCGCGGAGUCAGAUGUAAACAAUGACCUUUUGCUCGUGUUUCAGCAGACUUGGUUCCAGAAGUUUCAGAGAGGAAACACUGCUCCAUGAAUGCAAUAAUGUAGUGUGAUUUAGGCCUAAGUAAGUUAGUUAGCUAUCAAAUUCGUCAGGCUGAAACAACAUACUGUAAAGAACAACAAAGCUUGACAUAUAAAAUAUAAUAUCUAAACAAAAUAUUUCAAAUCUAAAUAAAGUCACCUUUUUUCUGUUUUUUUUUCCCCUUUAAGAUUGAGGUGGUGAUUUAUUUAUCUAGAUCACGUUGAUGCUUUAUACAUUUAUGUAAGAAUUUUCCAAGAAUGUCUUUGGAGAUUAUGAAUGGGAAGGAAACUUCUGGAACAAAGACUGCUGAGAAAGUGAAAGUCACUCUUCAGCUCCAGUGAGACUUUGUGAAUGUUAAAGUUGAAUGUUUUGUUCUGCAUUUCCACAUGAUAGAACUUCAUUUUAGAGUAAGGUUUAGGAUUACAGUUGAAUAGUUUGAUCCCUGAUGUGACUGCAGACUGUGUUUAGUGAUGUAUAUUUAUUUAUUUAUUUAUUUGUGAAAAAUGGCGAAGUUCAUCAGUCUUCAUGGCUCAAGUUUUUUAUCAGUGUUAAAGAUCAGAGCUGUACACAUUUAUACACAUUUUUUAGAACAAAUAAAUAUGACAUUUGUUCGUUUUUUUGUUUGUUUUGUUUUUUUUUAUAAUGGA